GAGGGUCGUGGGUCAAUUGGCUUUCACGGAUGACGUGAUCAUCGUGACCCCCGACGACGUGGUGCAUGCCGACCGCCUGCUGGCUGCGGGGCCUGACAUCGCGGCGGUGCGCUUUGCCGCUACUCGCUGGCCGCCGCCGCCAGGGAUCGCCCCGGACGCCACGUGCAGGUUCGUGCGGGAGCCGUGGGCUGCCCGCGAGGCCGCCUGGCUGGCAGCUGCGAGGGCCGAGGCGGACGCCGAGUUCGGCCGCCGCCACCCUGGAGUGCCCGUUCCGGCUGGAGGCGCGCUCAUCCCCAUGAGUGGCGGGCUGCUGCCAAGGGCGGGGCCUCCUGCGGCCGCGGGCGGGGCGCUGGUUGGCGCCGCCGCGGCCCCUGGGGCCGCUGCUACCGCGCCUGCCGCCGCGGGUCCCGCGCCCGCCGCCGCGGGCGCCGCCGCUGGGCCUCCAGCGCCCGCGGCGCUGGCUCCGCUGGCCAUGGCCGCGGGAUCUCCGCCUGCUGUGGGAGCGCCGCCUGGGCCGGGUUGGAAGGACGACGGCGGCCCCCCGCUGGGGGCCAACGGUGGGGCGCCCGCUGGCUGGGCCUGGGUGCUCGCGGUCGCGAAGGAGGUGCCCGACCCGCAGUUCAGUCUCGUGCCGCGCUCGGCUGAUUGGUGCGUCGUCUGGUUGCUGCGCGAGGGCGGGCCGAUCCAGUGCCGCGAGAGCUGGCAGGCGCGCGAGCGGCUCAGCACAUCGGACUACGGCGUCGCCGAGCUCCACAGUCUCAGCACGGUGCUGGAAGACCUCGCGACGGUCGACGAGAUCCACGUGGCGAACCUUGUCGGGGUGGGCCCCACCCAGCAGAAGCUGCCGCAGGAGGAGGUCAACGCGUUCAUGGGCGGCACGGGUCCUUCCAGCCGCCCAAGCAGCAUUGCGCGCCCCGCGCUGCUGGACGCGGUCGGCAAGGGGCCCGAGCGCGUCAGUCAGUUCAAGAAGAACGCCCGCAAGCUGCGGGGGGAGUCGAAGGCCACCUCCGGGGCCCAGGCCGGCGGCGCGAAGCGGCGGAGUCGCGCGGCGGCCUCAGAGCCGCCGGGGGCGGCGGCAGCGGCGGCUCGGGGCCGCGGGCUGACGCGGCGCUGCCUGUCGCGGACUGCGGAGUCCGUCUCGCAGCUUCCCCGCCGGGCGACUUCCAGCCUCUGGCAGCCAGCCCUGCAGGAGCCCCAGGCUGCUCUGUCCUGCGACGGCUCGCUGUCGACCAGGGCGAAGGUGAUGGGCGUUUCCCGCUUUUCGCCGCCGCGGGCAGGUAACCGCCCUGCGGCGCCGGAGCGGCCGCUGGGCCCCGAGGUUUGCGAUUCCGUCUAUCGCGAUAUUGCGAGCAAGGUCUUGCCCCAGACCGACGCGUUGCAGCUGGAGCAGGACGUUGGCUUCAAGAGGCCCUGCGCGGACCCAAUUGUUCGCGGCCGUCGCCGUUGCGCAGCCUUGGCGGCACGUCUGCUCGACGCCGGAGUCAUCGACCUCGCCAGCGAACUCAGCGAGGUCAUCGACGAGGUUGGCCUUGUCAGCGCGCCCAAGAAGAGUGGGCGGCAGCGGCUCGUCGUCGACGCCCGCCCCGCCAACUUCUGGUUCGGCGCGCCCGCCGACGCCCACCUGGCCACUGGCGCGGCGCCGGCGGCGGUCGAGCUCCCCGACGGCGCCAACCUGUGGACAGCCUCGGCCGACAUCGCGGACGCGUUCUGCAACGCGGAGAUGCCACUCUUCUCGCCCCCGCCGAUGCACGCCUGGAGGCUGGGGCGCGGGGCCGACCAGGGGCGGCAGCCGCCUCGGCUGCUGUGGCUCGUGGACAGCCGGACCUGCCCAGGCCUGGCGCUGGGCGUGCAUCUUGAGCGCGUCGACAAUUUCGCCUCGCUCUCGCUGGACCGCAGCGCCACCGAGCGGACGAAGGACGACAUGGUCGCCGAGCUACGCGCGAGCGGCCUCCCCGCGAACGAAGAGGGCCCCGCGCUCCACGCGCGGCUGCUGGACUGGGUGAUCGAUGGCGAGCGGGGCGCCGUCUCUCAG